AUGCAAAAGCUAAACGUUCAAUUUCGAGACAUUGGUUGGGAACAUUGGAUUAUUGCGCCAACAUCGUUUGAGGCUCAUUACUGCAGUGGAUCAUGUCCUUUUCCACUCAAAAAGAAUGUGAAUCCAUCGAAUCAUGCUAUUGUUCAGUCGAUAAUUCAUAGACUGGGUUUGGAGCCAUACGUUCCGGAUGUAUGCUGCGCACCAGACAAAAUGGAUUCUUUGACUUUACUUUAUUACGAUGAAGUGGAUAACGUUGUGCUAAAAAAUUACCCACGAAUGACCGUUACUUCUUGCGCUUGUUUAUAA